UUCCUCAUUACCAUAGAAAACUGACGUCAUCGCCAGUACUGCUAGCAGAAUAGUAGUGGGGGAGUGCGAACCGAGGGUAGUGAGUGAGGUAGGAGAGAGGAUGGUAAAUUAAAAACGCGAUCAUCGAUGAAUUAAGUGUGUGUGAGAUGGAGCAGCAAAACCAUUUCAAGCAGCUGUUGCUGCAGCUCAACCAGCAGCGAGCCAAAGGGUACCUGUGUGAUGUCAUCAUCGUGGUGGAGAAUGCGCUGUUCCGUGCCCAUAAGAACGUCCUGGCGGCCAGCAGCGUCUACUUCAAGUCGCUGGUCCCCCACGAUAACCUGAUCAACCUGGACACGGAGAUGGUCAGCCCCUCCGUCUUCAGACAGGUAUUGGACUUCAUCUAUACAGGUCGUCUGUCCAGUUCUGACUCUGUCAGUGACCACAGUGUCUCGUCCCUCCUGACCGCAGCCUCCUACCUCCAGCUGACCGAACUAGCUGCUCUCUGUCAGAGGAAGCUCAAACACAACGGACAGACCCCCUCCAGCUCCAACAAGUUGACCACCUCCCCAACCCCCAAUGGACACACCCCUGGCUCCCUCCGCCUCUCCUCCACCCCCCCCAGAGCAACCCCCAGCCACCAUAACAACCACUCAGGGUCCAGGAAGGGCAACCUGAGGAACCAGAGAUGGGGCCAGGAGGGGAGGCUGAGAGAGGAUCUCUCCGAGGAGGAGGUGUUUAUUUCGGGCUCGCGGUGUGCUUCCCUCAGCCCCUCUGGAGGAAGUAGGGUUAAUGGGCUGGCUCUAGGACUGGACCUGUCCAAGAGGAGUCCAUCAGGAAGCACCGCCACAGAGGAAGUGUCCCCCAGCAGUCUCCCCCAAAGCUCCUCCCCCCACUCAUCUGUUUCUCCCACUCCUCCCACCACGGCAGAGCCUAGGGAGAACCAGAGGCAGCUUCCAAAUACCUCCACAGACCUCUUGCCUAGGGCCCCUUGCAAGAGACCCCGACCCCACAGAGAGGCCACCAACCUGGGAGAGACGGGCAAGGCACUGCACAAGGGCCUAGUGAAGAAACCAGGGGCCCCAGGGCACGAAAAGCUGGUCAGAGGGGAUAGAGUGACCCCAGAGCUGGAGGAUGGGGAGGUGGAUGGAGAGGAGAAUGGCCAGGACCAGAGUGAAGAGAGUGGGCACAGUGGGCACAGUGGGAGUGAGGGAGGAGGAGGAGGAGCUAGAGGUAAGAGAAAUGGGAACACCAACUAUAUCUACCGUCAGCCCCAGCCAGGGUUUGAGCCAGGUGUGGGGGACAAUCUGUACGUCUGCAUCCCCUGUGGGAAAGGCUUCCCCAGCUCCGAGCAGCUUAACGCCCACGUCGACACACACACCCAGGAUGAAAUCUACAUCGAAGAAGAGGAGGAAGAAGAAGAGGAGGGUGGUGGAUACCUGAAGGACGAAGACCCUGACAUCUAUGCAUCACGGGGAGUGGAGCCUGGCGCUGACGAACCUCGGCAUCGUUGCACAGUCUGCAGUAAGACCUGCAAGGACGCUGUGUCGCUACGGGAACACGAGAAGAGCCAUUGGCUGAACCGGCCGUUCCCCUGUAACAUCUGUGGCAAGUUGUUCACCCAGCGAGGCACCAUGACCCGCCACAUGAGGAGCCACCUGGGUCUCAAGCCCUUCGCCUGCGAGGAGUGCGGCAUGCGCUUCACACGCCAGUACCGUCUCGCCGAGCACAUGCGGGUCCACUCGGGGGAGAAGCCAUACGAGUGCCAGCUGUGUGGCGGAAAGUUCACCCAGCAACGCAACCUCCUCAGCCAUCUAAAGAUGCACACCUCGCCCUCAUAGAGGACACUUCACCAUGGUUACUACAGCUGGACCACAGCUAUCUGGGCUCUAUUAGGCUGUCUGCCUCAUCUUCAGAUGCUAUCUGGUGUUGCUGUUACCCAUAGUACCUCCUCACCCUUGUAAACACACCUGGGUUCUACCUCAACUUUGGAAACUCACCUUUAUAACCUUUAUAACCACUCCUCCUGAGUAACUCUGCUCCUUUACUUUAUCUCAACCUCAUAACAACCUUUACCCUUACCUCAACCUCAUAACAACCAUCACCCAUACCUCAACCUCAUAACAACCAUCACCCAUACCUCAACCUCAUAACAACCAUCACCCAUACCUCAACCUCAUAACAACCAUCACCCAUACCUCAACCUCAUAACAACCAUCACCCAUACCUCAACCUCAUAACAACCAUCACCCAUACCUCAACCUCAUAACAACCAUCACCCAUACCUCAACCUCAUAACAACCAUCACCCAUACCUCAACCUCAUAACAACCAUCACCCAUACCUCAACCUCAUAACAACCAUCACCCAUACCUCAUAACAACCAUCACCCAUACCUCAUAACAACCAUCACCCAUACCUCAUAACAACCAUCACCCAUACCUCAUAACAACCAUCACCCAUACCUCAUAACAACCAUCACCCAUACCUCAACCUCAUAACAACCAUCACCCAUACCUCAACCUCAUAACAACCAUCACCCAUACCUCAACCUCAUAACAACCAUCACCCAUACCUCAACCUCAUAACAACCAUCACCCAUAGCCUCACCCAUGACAACUGUUCCUCUGACUUGCCUCAACCCCAUUUUACUAAUACCAACCAUUACGUCACCCUCAGAACCCCAUUUGACUAAUACCAACCAUUACGUCACCCUCAGAACCCCAUCAUAAAAUCCACAUAGAGCCAGCCAGCCAGAUGUACUGGCCAUCUCAGGGUCAACACACCACACCUCGCCAUCUGCCAAAGACUCCUUCCCAUCCCCGGUGGCUCAAACGUGUUUUGAUGAUAGCUUUUAGCAUCCAACCAAACUAGUCCUCCCAGGGUGUCAGUUCUGUGCCUCCAGGCUGCUGUAGCUGUCUCUCGCUGGUCAAUGUGUGACCUCAAUGCCUCUACUACCUCAUUAUAAGACACAUACUGGACCCCAGGCAUGACUGGCUAACAGUCAGUAGUAAUACUAUGUUCUCCAGCUAGAUGGAACAGGUUAGUCAGCCUAUCCUCUGUGUAUAUAAUAAUAAUUUUUCACCUCCACAUACACAGCCUGUUUGAAACUUGCCGUUAUUAGAAAUUGAUCAGGGGUAAUUCUUAACGCAAUGAUGUUUACUUUACUGUUGGUUUACAGGUCAGGGUUUGUAUUUUAUGUGAAGUCUUGAAAAAGCCAAACUUGGGGGGGUUAAAUGUUUUGAGAACUUAUUGCUACGCUUUUGUGAAUGUUUAAAGUGGGUAUUUCUACUUUGGGCCUCUGGGAGGGGUGGGGAUAUUUUCUGUGAGGCAUCAUACUCUGGUGGUACUGUUGUGUUUUGUGUGUAGCGUUUUUUUCUUUCUUUAAAAGGCUGGUCUACUGAGACAGGUGGCCAGUAUCCCUGUAUUAAGUUUGCUUUUGGUUUUCAACAAGUUCCUCCUAUCUCUUAAAGAGAUUCUCCGGUACUUUUGUAUACUUUUUAGCUAGUAGUUCUAAAAGUCAUGCUCACCAGCCAAAAGUGGUCCCUGAAAAAUGCUUACUACGUCACUGUAUGUGCAGAUAUGUUCACCACGUCAUUGCUCUCUUGCUCUGCUGUGUGUGCAUCUUGCUAGCUGUCACUCAAAUGGCGAGGGACUGAAGCUCAUUGGCUAGAACUCAAAUUGCAAGCGGGCUGGCCCACAUGGGAGAAAAUGUAGGGAAAAUGGCACAGCACAGUUUCCAGAAAAACAGUCGCUUUCAAACUAGGGAUUUUGUGGCAAAUUGAGGUAAUAUAGUAUUUCUGCUCAUAGAUUAUGCAUGUAUGAACUACAUAUUGACACAUCCAGCCCAAAGCUGGAGAUUUAAAAAAAACACUUAGCCAAAGUUCCAGAGCAUGUCUUUAAUGCUGUGAGGAGAGCAUAGCUUUCUGGGCAGUGUAUUACUAGUGUAUGACAGAGCUGAAACUGCUACGAGAUUGUAUAUUGAAAUCCAAAGAGAACGAAUACAAAACCAACAAACUUAACAACCAAAGUCUUUCAGUGUCAAAGUGAAGUUGUACCCAUGUUAUUAUGUCUACGGUAUAGUCCACUCCUAGUUCCACACAAACAGCCAUGUGGUUGGAAUUACCAAUGUUGAUUGGACCAACCUAACUUUAUGGUCUUACAUUAUCUUUACUCUGUCCUCAGGAGGACUACAUGUCAUUUCAGACCAAAAAUCUAAGACUGUUGUAUGACUCCGUUUUGGACUAGUAUUUAAAUCCUCUUUCCUCCAUGUUUAUCGCUCAAUUGUUGAAAGAAAGUCAUUUUUACACCAGAAACAUGUAUAUUACUCCUCAACUCAGGAACCAUUGCUGUCAGGGUCUGGCAUCUAUACAGUCCAUAUCAACACUCUCUCUGGUUGUUUUGGUUGAGGCAUUUAGAAUGUAAUAUGUCGACAACUCGAAAGAGAGCCGAGAGAAACAUGUUUGAACUGUGACAGGGAUACUUCUGACUCAUAUCUUCAGGGAGUGUUCGUUGUGUUGUCAAACACUGUCAAAUGUCUGUGCGGAAAGCAUAAACACUUGCUUCCUACACAAGAGAUUUUUUACAGGGAGAGGGUGGUGAUUAUCUUCUUUCAAAUAACUGAGUGAUGAAAUAUCAAUUUGACUAUUUUAGCUCUUGAAUGUUAUAUCAGCAUGCAUUUGUCAACAAACCCUUUAUCUAGUAAGAUUGUUCUAUUUGUCUGUUGCUGUCCCUCUGUUUAGGAAGUUGUUGCAGAAACUUAGUGUUGAUGUCUAUUGAUUAUUCACAAAUGUAUUUAUAAGUAGGAUUUUUUUUUAAGCCUCUUUAUGAUAACUCAGUGGAUGAUAGUCAUGGGCUUUGCUACUUUGUUACUGCUCAUCCAGAAAAAAAUAUGUUAAGUAGCUGCACCGUCAGCGUCUCUGAUGCUGAAUGCGAGCGGAUUGACUAGCAAGGAAACGAGCGCGGUGUUGCGCUAGCUUAGUUCAUUCAGUGUGUGUCGCAGCGUGGAUUAAAACAGACAUGGCAAAGCAAGCUGUUCAGUUUCUUUUGGUACUUUCAAAGAUUUAGGACUAUGUUAAUUCAUCAGUUCUUGAUCUGUCCUCGGCUGCUAAUGGUGUGAUAAUAGCCUCCUAGUCAGUUCACCAAUGACGACAAGGCAUAUUGAAUGAAUGGUAGACCUGAACUGAGAAGGAAGAUUGAUUAAUUAAGUCAAGAAUGGAGAUCUGAAACAAGCUCAUAGGGACGGCAGGUAGCCUAGUGGUUCGAGUGUUGGGCCAGUAACCGAAAGGUUGCUGGAUCGAAUCCCUGAGCUGACAAGGUAAAAAUCAAUCGUUCUGCCCUUGAACAAGGCAGUUAACCCACCUGAACAAGGCAGUUAACCCACCUGAACAAGGCAGUUAACCCACCUGAACAAGGCAGUUAACCCACUGUUCAUUGUAAAUAAGAAUUUGUUCUUAACUGACGCCUUGUUAAAUAAAGGUUACAUUUAAAAAAUAUAUAGGCCUUGUUCAGGUGUUCCAUGAUUAUUCAAUUUACAGUAGACUAGGUCUACUACAUUGCAUCGAGUAAUUGAACUAGGCCUAUUCAGAAUUUGUCGCCCCCCCCCCCCAAAAAAAAAAAAAAAAAAAACUAAGACGCCAACUUACAUUUUCACUAUACUAUCCAUAUAACGACAGCUAAUAGAAUAAUCAUUACCCCUAAAUUUAACCUAUUAGAAAUGUUACAAAGUAAUUGAGAACCACUCUAAAUUCAGUCAGGAUCAACUACUGCGUUGGCUACAUUGUAUUGAUAUAAUUUAAUUCUCUUAAGUUUCAGAAAAUUGCAGUUUUUCAAAAAAGCUAAACGCUCCAACUUUCAGAUGGGGUCACUUCCCCCUUACCUGACCUCAGGCCUACAUUAACACCUCCUUGUCAGAAAAUUCUAGGGAGAUCCCUGGUUUGUAAAUUAAACUUCUUAGCGUGGUGUCGCACACGAGCCGUCGUGGGGUCCAGGGGCGUCGCUGUCUCGCUGAAGUGUAACUCCUAAAGAUUAUUUAAGGUUGUCUUGGGCUAAGUUAACCCCAAACAACUUGACUACAUUGUGAGAGUGCCAUAGUAUGAUAUCUUUGGUGAAAUGUCCCUUUUAAAACAUGAAAUAGCCAUAAACCACGUCAAGCUCCGAGCCCAAGACACUGGAGACGGGGGGAAUUUAAUGUACUGCUCCUAAGGCGUUUGAUGUGUUUUAUACCACUUUUAUCCCAAAGUAAGAAGAAUACAAAGAUGGCAUGUUUUUACUGUGCUGCAUUGUUUCCUGUGCUUUUUUUGUUUUUGUUUUGUUUUUUGAGAAUGUGAUCUGUGUUUAUUGUCAUGUCGUCAUCUGUUUUAUAUGCUAGUUUAUCCAUUGGAAUGGGAACCCCAACUUGUGGUAGACACUAUGUAUUGUAUCCUACAGAAAGCAUUGUUUUUUUUUUCAAAGCAACUUUUGUUGAAGGCUGGUAUUGUUACUAGUACAGAGAUGCUUCUUGUUUAAUCUCUAUCAGAAAACCAAAGGUGUCUAUGGCAGCUUUAAUAUGUACGUAGUAGUCACACAUGCCACUACAAAUCCAAACCAAGCCACGAAUGAAUCCACCCAAAAGCAAUGUAAUUCCUAAGACUACUGGGCUAAAACCACGUCAAAGCUGCAUCUAUGUAUUAAUUUACUUAUGUCUGUUUUUGUAGAACAAGUUUCUCUGUUCUACAAAAUAUUUGCUCAAUUAUAUUUUCUGUCUUAAUUGAACAUGCUUGCAGACAACUCCAAAGUUGUUUUAAUUCCUCAGUUUGUGUUCAGGAGUUUCUUUAUCCGUGUGGCUCACACACUGCACCGUCACAUGAUUCAGAAUCCACUGGUCAACCUACAGUCUUAAUGUACAGAUAUGGGAAUGGAAUCUAAUAACAAUAUUUUAAUUAAACUUGAUUAGAAAGA